UUUUAGCAGCAUUUUGCAUGAAAGUGGCAUUCUGUGAGGAUUACCCAGUUUGAGGGCUAGAGAAAAAAGUAUACUGUAGCUUGAGUGCUUAUUUUGACUCAAGGCAGAACUGAAGACAUGGGCUCCGUUUCCAACCAGGAAUUCCCAGGAGUGUGUAAGACCGAGGAGGAUGAAGGACCGAGCACAGAGGAGGAUUCUCAGCCUUUCCACGGGGUCGGCUCGUGCAAAUGGUUCAACGUCCGCAUGGGCUUCGGGUUCCUGUCCAUGACUAACCGGGAGGGAGUGCCACUGGACGAACCGGUCGAUGUAUUUGUCCAUCAGAGCAAGUUGCACAUGGAGGGCUUCCGCAGCCUGAAGGAAGGUGAGGCGGUCGAGUUUACCUUCAAGAAGUCAUCAAAGGGCCUGGAGUCGCAGCAAGUUACAGGCCCUGAAGGCACCCACUGUUUGGGCAGCGAAAGGAGACCCAAAGGCAAGAAGGUCCAGAAGCGACGUUCCAAGGGCGAUAGGUGCUACAACUGCGGAGGCCUGGACCACCAUGCCAAAGAGUGCAAAUUGCCACCCCAGCCCAAGAAGUGCCAUUUCUGCCAGAGCAUCGACCACAUGGUUGCCAACUGCCCAAUCAAAGCACAACAGUCGUCGCCAGGAUCUCAGGGAAAACCGCCUCCCUCGAAAGGAGACGAGGAGGAGGAGGAGGAGCACAGCCUCUCGGCACCGCCUCCCGAGACCUCCGAUUAGGCGAGAAAUCGGGUUACACUGAUGCCGGGGAAGAGCAGAGGCCAAUCAAACUGCUUUGACGGUGAGACGGGACACAAGGAUCCCCUUCCACCUGUCGAAGCUGCUUUUGGAACUACCUCAGGUUAAAAAAAAAAAAAAAAAAAAUGCUGAUGAAGAAUGUUGCUAAAGUUUUUGUUUGUUUGUUUUAAGUUGGUGUAACACUCAGGAAUACUGCUGUAUUAUUGCACUCAGGAAACUUUCUAAAUGUUCGAAUCACUGCUGUUUCAGAUCAUAGUGAGCAAUGUCCUAUAACAGAUGAUCUUUUUUUGUAGAAUCUGUGUUUUGUUUUUAUGUGAAUCUGCCCUUCCAGUGGGUGUUCUACCUCAUUUGUUUUUGCGUAAUACUCAGUAAGUGUGUUUAGUAUUAGAGUUACACUUUUGCUGCCUUACCAUUUAGUCCCCUUCCUGACUGUUACACCUGACUAACCGACAAGGCAGAGACGGGACGGUUGGUACCUCUGUAAUGAAUGUUACUUUGCAUAUCGCAUGGGGAAAGGGAGGGUUCGUGAAAACGUAUGGGAUGGGUUUUACGGUAUAGCUUAAGGCAAUGUAUUGGCAUCUGUCAAUAUUGCAAUCGACCAUCCAGUAAUCCUGGGGCGAAAUGAAUGUCAGACCAGAAGUGUUUUUUCAAACUCUUGGUCGGAUUAAUUUUCUGUCAUUUCAAUUAUUUUCAUCCAGCAUUUUGCUGGCUGUCUAAAGGUGCGUGAUCUACCUCAUUGGAGCAUGAUUGGUCUGCUACCAAUACUCAUUCUAACUGCUGAUGGUAAACCAAAUAUUCUCAGAAUACAGCUUUGGAGAUUAUUGGGAUGAAAUCAAAUCCUUUUUGCACUACAGUAUUUACACAGAACGGCCAUUCAAUUAAUGAAAACCCUAUUAAGAAGUAAUUCAACACCUUUUCUAAAACUUGUUGAUGUCACAAUUGGGAAAAAUACAGAAUUUGAUGACCACAUCAAUUUCUCCAAGACAUCACAGCUGCUCAGUGACGAUAAAACAUUUUGUCAACACCAAUUGGCAAGGAAAGUCAGUCUUUUAGAAGGCCGGCCCUCAAUUACUCGAAUCAUUGGUAGUUUUGGUUGUAAUUAUUAAGAUUCAUUUAGUCUUUAAGUCAUUUUUAUGAAUUUUUACAUUAAUUGACAUACUGUGAGUUUUAGUUAACUAAGAUUUGUUUUAGUCAAGGGCCGCCCUGGUUAAAAAACUGGGUGUAGUAACUUUUCAAAGUCCCGGAGAAGGCAGCAGCCUGUGUUUAAGUUUGGUGUAAAGUUACUCUUUUAUGUUUAAGGGAGCUUUGCAAUCGAUGCUAUUCUCUUAAUUUAAUGGCUGAUGUGUUUAAAAUGAAAUACUGAAAUUUAAUAGAAACUUCAACUUGGAUUUGAUAGAAUUCCAACAAAUAUGAUACUUAAAAGAAUAAUACCUCAUCACUUCUACGAUACUUGACCUGGACUGAGAUACUGAGGGUCCAGCUAGCUCUCCUCUUGAUACUUGAAUAAAAUGAAGCAGAAUCAAACAUGAUAUCGCCAGUGGGGUGGCUGGUGUUUUGUUUAUAUUCAGUGUGAUUCAUUUCUAGGUAGUUAUUUAAGACAUUACCCUUUAGUAGGGUUUUAGCUCAGGAACACCAAGCCUGCACAGAGGAGCAUGUAGAACUAGCUAGCGACUCAGCGUUUUACUCCCGUUUUACAGGAGAAGCUGACACGACUUUUACACCGAAUUAAUAUAUAUAUGUAAAGGUAUUCUAAAGCCUUUUUAAAAAGUCAUUCUUAUUUAUUUUCAUCCAAGAGUGCUGCAGCUUCCCCUCCCCCCUCUGCUCCUGUUGAAGCCUCUCAGCAACCGAAUGUCAUUCAAAGCUAUAUGUGACAAGAGAAUAUGGGUAACACAAUUUAACAUCCAGGUACUUGUAUUGCUGUGUACAAAAUGUGCUUGAUAAAUCAUUGUCCUUAACAAUAGUUCAAAGCAGUAUUGAACAGUAAUAUAUUCCAACGCACAAGUAACAUUAUACAGAACAUUCUGUACAGGUACAUAGUAUUAUGAGGAGUGACAGUAACUGUGAGUUUGUUUUUACUUUUUUUUGCCUUGUAUGAUUUCUUAAAUUCUUUGUUUUUGUGCACGAUGAGCCUCUCCGAAGAGAGCCCCAUUGUUAUUCCUAUCUAUGCCAAAACCAAUGCAAUGUUACUCUGCACUAAUCAUGUGUAAGAUGCAUUAAUUAAUUUUUUAUAUUCAGUUCAAUCUUCUUUUUUUUCAAAUAUAUGUUGCAUAUUUUAUAUUGUAUUUUUUUAGAUUUUCAUAUACCACAUAGAGUAGGUCGCUGGUUGGUUUGAAAAAAAAAAACCCCACUCUAAGGCUCCCCUCAGGAAUUGCCAAUCUGAAAACUCAGGGAAUGCUUCAGAUUGAUUAGAAGGAGUCGAGGAGUGUUCAGGAAAAAGUAGAGACCGAAUGUUCAUCCGUAUGAUGUGAAGCGUAUGAUUAAGAUGCCAAAGUAAAAUGGGUUUCGUGAUGUGAUGGUGCAACAAUUUAUUUUACUUUUAAGAAGAAAAAAAAAUAGGAUUGUGGCCGAAAAAAGAAUGAUUAUUGAAAUGGUCACGUUUGAGAUUUUUAUGCUUUGUGACUCUUAUACUUUGUCAUCUUUCCAUGCACCCGUGUGAUAAUGAUCUUUAUAUUUUCUCCUCUUUGACCUAACCUGCCAUGAUAUGAAGAAAAUGUUCCACUAUUAUUGUAUUUUUUUCCUCUGUAAUCGUUGUAGAUGGGGAUGUAGUAGAAUAUUGUAAAAGGGAUUGGGGCUAGUAGUAUAUAAUCUGGGGUUGUCUCAUCUCAACACAUGGCCAAGACUUUGGUGUUUCAGACUAUCAAUGCUUAAGACAAAAAGAAUGUGUCAUGGAUGAAAACUCAAAAAAAACAUUCCUACUCUGCUGUUAGGUGAUGAAAUGUAAACGUUUAAUAACUGAUAAAAAGACUGUUUAACUCAACUCAGGAUUUGAUUGGACAGAAAGAUUGUUAAAGUGCUCUGACUAGAUGGAAUGGUUUACAUUUCUGUCUGUUUCUAUGUUGAAAUGACCUCUCAUGAUUGCCAGUAUUUUCUCUAACUCUAACACUUUACUUUCUCUCCAUUUUUAAAAGGGUCACACAUGGAUGUCUUUUGUGAUCAAUCUGUAACUUUGUUUGAAAUCCCCAACACCACUGACUAACUCGUCAGUCAAACUUGGAUUCUGACACCCACUAUUUUAGAUAGAGGUUGAACGAAAGUGUUGUAUUGUAAUGUAUGCAACAUUCUGCUGAACUUGGUGGUGUUUUCAAAGUAUCAUUUGGAAACUAGUCCAUGAGAAGUCUGUUCUGAUUGCAACCUGUUCGACCCCUCAGUGGUGUGUGAUUCUGAUUUCAUUGUGGGGUGUUUAAUGGGUCAGAUAUACCUUGAAAAUUCAAGGAUUUGUAAGACUAUGUGCUCAGGGCAACAUUUGAAGCAGAUCAAAGCAUGCUGUACCACAGUUUGCGCUAUGUGUGCUUUUCAUUGUACAUCUUGUUUGUGACCAUCAGCCAUAAAUCUGUGGUGUUGUAUCUUAAAAGAUUAUUAGCUAGAGCUACUUCCAAAAAUAUGUGCCAUUAUUACUGAUGAUUGUAUCAAUGUUUAAUGCCAUGAAACUACAUCUAUCUUGAUCCAACUUAUGUUGAUUUAAUGGCUAGUGUGUCAAUGAUGAGCAGCAUGUAGGCUUUUCUAAGUAUUACUGUGGUUACGUUUUUAUAUGUAAAGAUCUGCUCCAUUUCCUAGUAAAUAUGUCAAUAUUCA